GAGGCCCUGGCGCCUGGCAGCGGCCGCUGAACCAGUCAGCGGUGUCGACGAUGGCUGCUCUACGCCUCAUCAUGCUCAGCGCUGCCAAUCCAUGGUCUUCGCCAGCGCCCGCCGCUGCUCGCUGUGGAAAUUAUUCCUUCCCUGUCAAGUCCUCAAGCCUUCCUCUUUCCUGCAGCUCGAGAACUGGCCAAAUUAUCAGGGGGAGGAGGUUGAUGGUUAGGGCUGGCCCUCCGAGCACCAACAGCCUCAUCCUCGCGUUCCUGCUCCCGCUCUCCCUUCUCGUCGGCACCAUCUUCGCGGCCGCGCGCAUCGCCGACAGGCUCGACGAGAAGUUCCUCGAUGAGCUCGCGAUGAACGAAGCGAUCUUGGAGGAAAUGGAUGAGGAUGAUGUAGACGAAGAUGAGGACGAUCGAGGCGUAUUGGUAGAGGAAGAGGACGGGGUUGCGGCGAUUCCAAAGACUCGAAAUCGCCCCAAACGAGUAGUGUAAAAACUAGUGAUCGCCAUCUAUGUAUGUGUCAGUUCUUAACUAUGAAUUUGUACCAUGGUUGUGCUUGAUAUCUUUGAAUUCUGUACUGCAUCCAAACUUCGAUCAUCA